AUGGUGUUGGCUGGUGGAAGGAGCAAAAACCACAAAAAAAUGGAGCAAGAGCAAGAUUUUGGUGCGGAAAAAAGAGGGGACCGCAGUUUGGGCCGAGAAUCGGGCCAGGCCGCUUUCAGUAGGCUUUCGGAUGAUCGAGUUUAUAUUACAAGGUGGGCCAGGCCAAAAAAGGCCGGCCUAGGCUUAUUUAGGCUCAAAAAACCGCAAUUUUUGCAGAAAAGAAGACGAAACGGCUCAAAAAUCGAUAAUUUUCGCUCGCAACGACACUCCGCUCAAAAAACCCGCGCAAAAUUCGCGUUUUGAUGCUCAAAUUGAUUAUGAAAUUGAUAUGGAAGAUGGGCUAAGUUGGCCGAAUUUUCGAGAGGAGAAUUUGGGGAAAAAUCGAGCGAGGAGUGCACAAUUUUAUCAGAAUUUUGCAAAUUCCCGCAUUUCUUGGGGAUUUUUGUCGAUUUUUUUGGGUUUUUUGUUGAUUUUUGUAUAAAUAGGUCAAUUUUGGUGCAUUUUCGAGCAAAAAACAUGAUUUUUGGACAGAAAAACAUGUGAGAGAAGCUAGAGAAACCGGGGUGGUUAGAGACGCAGGGGGAGCUGGACAGCUAGAGAGCAUAAAGAGGUUAGAGACGCUAGAGAAGCUAGACAGAUAGAGGGCAUAGAAAGGUUAGAGACGCAGAGGAACAAUAAGAUAGCCAGGUUAGACAGCUAGAGAACACUAGAAACUAUAGGUUAGAGACGCAGAGGGAGCUAGAGAAGCUAGAGAGCACAUAGGCUUGAGAGACGCUAGAGAAGCUAGACAGCUAGACAGUGGAGAUAUGUUAGAGACGCAGAGAAGCUAGAUGCAAGAAAACUUGAUUUUUUGUCCAGAAAAAAGGAUUUCUGGCCAGAAAACAUGAUUUUUGGACGGAAAACAUGAUUUUUAGCCAGGAAACAGGAUUUUUGGACAGAAAACAUGAUUUUUGAACAGAACACUUGAUUUUUAGAUCAUUUUCCAUUAAAAAACAUGAUUUCUGGCCAGAAAACAAGACAUUUGACCAGAAAACUUCAUUUUUAAGUCAGUUUCUUAAAAAAAACAAGAUUUUUGGACAGAAAACUUGAUUUUUGAACGGAAAACAAGCAUUUUAAAGAGAAAAACAUGAUUUUCAGCCAGAAAAUAUGAAUUUUGACUUAAAAACAAGAUUUUUAGCCAGAAACCAUAAAUUUCAGCGAGAAAACAAGAUUUCUGCACGGAGAACAAGAUUUUAGUACAGAAACUAUGAAUUUUAGUCAGAAAACAAGAUUUUUGGACGCAAAAGAUAAUUUUUAGCUCAUUUUUCAUCGGGAAACAAGAUUUUUGGCCAGAAAAAAAGAUUUUUGGACGGAAAACUUGAUUUUUGGGUCAUUUUCCACCAAAAACACGAUUUCUGGCCAGAAAUUUCAGAAUCCCAGAAAUGCCUAGAAAAUAGGCUUUUAAGGUCUCCUUAAUGACCUUAAGGCUCUACAUUAAACCUUGAAUGAUAAAAACACGCAAAUCUACAGUAACCUACAGUAAUCAUCUUUGAAAAACAGUAAUUCAUUGAUAUACAGUACUCUACCGUAAACCUUGACUGAAAAAAAAAUGAUACAAAUUUUGAAGCUUAAAUUUGAUCUACAAAAAAAUCUACAGUAACCUGUUCAUAAACCCCUGGAUUACCUACAGUAACCCAAGGUGAUUUGAUAUUUUUCGAGCCAAAUUUCGAUCUACUUUCUGCAAAAUUUAUAUCAGAGAAAUUUGUGUAAACAUACUUGCCACUUAUCAUUUUGGAAUCUUUUCGAAAAAUAUUUCCAAUAUUUUUGAAACGUACAUUUCCCACCCGAAUAUUUUUGAAUGAUAUUUUCUGAUUUUUUCAGAAUUUUUGAGGGGAUUACUGUAGAGUACACGUGGCAAAAUUAAAGCGAAAAAUUUCAGAUAUUUUCAGCCAUUUUUUGGGGCUGAAAAUUUUUUUCGCAAACUUUUUUUCCCUGAUCAAUUUUUCCAGAAAAAAGUUCAAAAACAAUUCCAGAUCCAAAUUUUGUGCUGAAAAUGCUGAAAUUACUCAAAAUUGCUGUUAAUUAAUGUUUCCAGCGUUUUCAGCAGAAACUUCGGGUCUAGAAUCAGAAAUUCUUGAAAAUAACCCCCUUGAUCAAAACCUUCACUUCAAAAUCAUUUCCAGAUCCAAAUUUUGUGCUGAAAACGCUGGAAACAUUGAUUUUCAGCAAUUUUAAGUAAUUUCAGCAUUUUCAGCUCAAAAUUUGAGUCAGGAACUAUUUUUCAAAUUUUUUUCUCAAGAAAAAAAAGUUUGCGAAAACUUUUUGAGCCCCAAAAAAUGGCUGAAAAUAUCUGAAAUUUUUAGUUUUAAUUUUGCCACGUGUACUCUACAGUAAUCCCCUCAAAAAUUCUGAAAAAAUCAGAAAAUAUUAUCCAAAAAUAUUUGGGUGGAAAAUGUACGUUUCAAAAAUAUUGGAAAUAUUUUUCGAAAAGAUUCCAAAAUGAUAUGUGGCACUAAUGUUUGCACAAAUUUCUCUGAUAUAAAUUUUGCAGAAAGUAGAUCGAAAUUUGGCUCGAAAAAUAUCAAAUCACCUUGGGUUACUGUAGGUAAUCCAGGGGUUUAUGAACAGGUUACUGUAGAUUUUUUUGUAGAUCAAAUUUCAGCUUCAAAAUUUGUACAAAUUUGUAUCAUUUUUUUUUGAGUCACGAUUUUGAUGAUGAUUUUUUUAUGAAUUACUGUAGACUUUCAGCAUUUUCAGCACAAACUUUGGGAAAAUUGAUAUAGAUAUGUUUCUGGGCUGAAAUUUUGUGCUGAAAAUGCUGGAAACAUUGAUUUUCAGAAAUUUUAGGUAAUUUCAGCAUUUUCAGCACAAAAUUUGAGUCAGGAAAUGUUUUUCAAUUUUUUUUCUCAAGAAAUACAUUUACACGUGGAUAUUUUUUCAAAGAUGAUUACUGUAGGUUACUGUAGAUUUAUGUGUUUUCAUCAUUCAAGGUUUAAUUUAGAGCCUUAAGGUCAUUAAGGAGACCUUAAAAGCCUAUUUUCUGGGCUUUUCUGGGAUUCUAAAAUUUCAGAAGCUUAAUUAGGCCUUCCAGGCCUUCCUAGUGUAUUUUAGGCUUUAGGGGCCUAAAUUGAGGCUUUCCGGACCAAAAAAUGGCCCAAAAAGCCCUGAAAACCCCCAAAAUUACACCUUUCAGGAUAAACCCUAUAAUUUUGUGCUCAACAAAAAAGCGGAGCCCAAAAAAAUGGUGUUAGCUGGUGGAAGGAGCAAAAACCACAAAAAAAUAGAGCAAGAGGAAGAUUUUGGUGCUGAGAAACGUGGGGACCGAAGUUUGGGCCGCGAAUCGGGCCAGGCCGCUUUUAGUAGGCUUUCGGAUGAUCGAGUUUAUAUUACAAGGUGGGCCAGGCCAAAAAAGGCCGGCCUAGGCUUAUUUGGGCUCAAAAAACCGCAAAUUUUGCAGAAAAGAAGACGAAACGGCUCAAAAAUCGAUAAUUUUCGCUCGCAACGACACUCCGCUCAAAAAACCCGCGCAAAAUUCGCGUUUUGACGCUCAAAUCGACUAUGAAAUUGAUAUGGAAGAUGGGCUAAGUUGGCCGAAUUUUCGAGAGGAGAAUUUGGGGAAAAAUCGAGCGAGGAGUGCACAAUUUUAUCAGAAUUUUGCAAAUUCCCGCAUUUCUUGGGGAUUUUUAUCGAUUUUUUUGGGUUUUUUGUUGAUUUUUGUAUAAAUAGGUCAAUUUUUGAGCAUUUUCGAGCAAAAAACACGAUUUUUGGCCAGAAAAACAUGUAGAAGAAGCUAGAGAAACCGGAAUGGUUAGAGACGCAGAGGGAGCUGGGCAGCUAGAGAGCAUAGAGAGGUUAGAGAUAGCUAGACAGAUAGAGGGUGUAGAGAGGUUAGAGACGCAGAGAAAUCUAGAAAGUUAGAAGCUAGACAACUAGAGAACACUAGAAAAUGGGUUAGAGACGCAGAGGGAGCUAGAGAAGCUAGAGAGCACAUAGACUUGAGAGACGCAGAGAAGCUAGACAGCUAGACAGUGGAGAUAUGUUAGAGACGCAGAGAAGCUAGAGGCCAGAAAACUUGAUUUUUGACCAGAAAACAUGAUUUUUGGACGGAAAGCUUGAUUUUUGGACAGAAAACAGGAUUUCUGGCCAGAAAACAAGAUUUUUGGCCAGAAAAAAAGAUUUUUGGACGCGUAAGGUGAUUUUUAGCUCAUUUUUCACCAGGAAACUCAAUUUUUGGACAGGAAACAAGAUUUUCGACCAGGAAAACAGAAUUUCUGCCCAGAAAACAAGAUUUUUGGCCAGAAAACAAGAUUUUUGUACAGAAAACAUGAUUUUUGGCCAAAAACACGAUUUCUGGCCAGAAAACAGUAUUUUUGGACAAAAACAAAAUUUUUGGACGCGAAAAAUGAUUUUUAGCUCAUUUUUCAUCAGAAAACACGAUUUUCAGCCAGAAAACAAGAUUUUUGGCUAGAAACAAGAUUUUUGGACGUAAAAGUUGAUUUUUAGGUAAUUUUCCCUUAAAAACAUGAUAUGAUCACAAUUUUUAAUUAAAAAAAACAUCAUUUUUGGUCAGAAAACAAGAUUUUUGGCCAGAAAACACGAUUUUUGGCCAGAAAACUUGAUUUUAGCUCAUUUUUCAUCAAAUUUUAUCUCAUUUUCCAUAAUUUUCCCACCAAAAUCGACCCAAAACCCGUCACCAACCUUGGCCGUUUUCGAAAAUGUGUGCGAACUUUCGACAAUCACACAACUCUCCACAUUUCGCGCCAAUAAUCGCUCGGCGAAUUUCGUCGAAUGAAAAUUGAAGAGCGUCACGUUGAGAUCGGAGAAGGAUUUGGAUUUUGAGGAGCAUUGUUGAAGGCCGUGAAACAUGGCGGCUGCAAGUCAAAAAAUCGAUAAUUUUUGAGUACUGUAGGCGUUUUGGCGGGAAAAUUUGGAAUUUUUAGACACCAAACAAGCCUAGGGUUACUGUAGAUCAAAUUUGGCGGGAAAAUUCGGAAUUUUUAGAGCCUAGGGUUACUGUAGUUCAAAUUUGGCGGGAAAAUUUGGAAUUUUUAGACCCUAGGAUACUGUAGAUCAAAUUUGGCGGGAAAAUUCGGAAUUUUUUGACCCUAGGGUUACUGUAGAUCAAAUUUGGCGGGAAAAUUCGGAAUUUUUUGACCCUAGGGUUACUGUAGAUCAAAUUUGGCGGGAAAAUUUGGAAUUUUUAGACCCUAGGGUUACUGUAGAUCAAAUUUGGCGGGAAAAUUUGGAAUUUUUAGACCCUAGGAUUACUGUAGAUCAAAAUUUCACUUAAAAUGAGCAAUCCCAUAAUUUUCAGGGCGAAAAAAAAAGUUAGCCCCGAGUGGGGAUCGAUCCCACGACCUUGUGAUCCACAAUUUUCUGGCACAAAAACAUUCACGUGGCUGAAAAUGCACCGUUUUUCUUCGAAUUUUCACUGAAAAUGUCACAAAAACCUUUCCGUGGCCGAUUUUUUUCGAAUUUCCCCCAGAAAAAUGUCAAACUGAUAACAAAACCCCUUGAAAAAUGCUCAAAAAUCAACAUUUUGUGCAUUUUUCAUGUAAAAAAUGAUAAAAUUCGCGAUUUUUGCCAUAUUUUUGGUCAAUUUCGCAGCUGGGGAUGGAUAUUCGGACGAUUUUGUUCGAAAAUAUUUUCCCGUCACAUUUUCGGCUACCAGAGCCAAGAAUGCUUCAAAUUGCUUGCGACAAGUUUAUCAGGAUUUUGAGGUAUGUUAACUAGAGUCUAGUUUGGCCUAGGUAGAGCAAACUAGACUCUAGUUAAGCCCAAGAAUACUCUAGUUCAUCUUAACCUAACUAUAGCCUAGUAAUUUCAAAAUUUGAGAUUUUUCGGAUUUCAAAACUGGCUAGCUUUGGCUUUGACCUAACUAGACUCUAGUUUAACCCAACUACAGUCUAGUUUUCAUAUAACUAAAUGAAAAUGUUUGUAGUAUGCUCACAAACAUUUAUUUUUAUCAGAAAAAAAAUUGCACAAUUUUUUUCUGAUAAAAAAACCCACGUGGAAAUUUUCACUGUGCCAAACAUCAGAAAAAGUGGGAGAAAAAUAGGAUUUUCAAACUAGACUCUAGUUUAGUAUAACUAGACUCUAGUUUGGUUGCAAUAUAGUGUAGUUUGGUCAAACUAGAGUCUAGUUCAAGUUUUGGAUCUAAUUGGAUUGUGAACGAAAAAUUUCAGACAGUAAAACUAGACUCUAGUCUGACUGAAGAUAAAUGAAUUAUUUUUAAACUAGACUCUAGUUUGACCUAGAUAAACUAUAGUCUAGUUUGCUCGACAACUGAACCAAUACCGGAAACUAAAAAACAAGAUUAACCCAAACUUCGAAGCUAGACUCUAGUUUGACAUGGAUAAACUAGACUCUAGUUUGACCUAGAUAAACUAGACUCUAGUUUAAUCCACAACUGAGCCAAUACUGGGAGCAAAAAAAGGAUUCAUUAGCCUAUACCAAGCUUCAAAACUAUACUCUAGUUUGACCCAUCACCCGCAGAACUAUACUCUAGUUUUCCAUCAUAACAAAAAGAGUCUAGUCUUCCAAACUACACUCUAGUCUCUCCCAAAUGCCUCACAAACUAGACUCUAGUCUUCCAGUACAAGCGUCAAAUCGUCGUCGCAUGCGACGAAAUCGCAAGCGACACUUGCGGCGGCUACACAUUCGUCGCGCAUGACGUCAGCGCGAUAUUUUUGGUGUUUCGCGGAACUUUGGGCCUCAAUCAAUUGGGUCUCGAAGCGGAGGAGACGAUUUUCAAUGAAAAAGUGGGUUUUGGGCCGGAAUUUGGUGAUUUUUGGGUCAAAAUUCAUGAAUUUUGCUGAAAAUUCCCAAAUUUUGAGCCAAAAAACCGCAAAUUUCAGAUUUCGUGGCCUGGCGGUGGAUCGGUUGGCUUCUAUUUUGCACGAGCUUUCAAUUUGCUGUGGAACGCGGGCUUGAAAAAUGAUCUUCUAGGCUAUAUUGCAAAAAACCCGGAUUAUGAGUUGUGGGUAGGUGCUACUAGGUGAUUUUUGCAAGCCACGCCCACAAAACCAUGCGGCACAUACCUCGGCCAAAAUCGUGGUUUCCAAUAUAACAAAUUGUACGCUAAGUUUUUACAGUACAAAAAUUGUGAAUUUUUCAGUUUUUGUCCUCUAAAAAUUGUGAUAUUUCAAUUUUUGACCUCUAAAAACUGAAAUUCAGAUUUUUCCAAAAAUUGUACUGUGGCCAGCCACGGCUUGGCCGAGGUGUGAUGCGGCAGUGGGAAAUUCGGCGAUUUUUGAGUCCAAAUAGGCUCCGCCCCUUUUCUGCAAGUUUGGCAGGGCUUUCUGAGCUUAAUUUUGACACCAAAUAUGCUAUAUGUGUAAGCCACGCCCACAAAACCAUGCCGCAUGCAAAUACACCGUGUUUGGUGUCAAAAAAUGCGUAUUUUCACACAGGCUCCGCCCCUUUUCUGCAAGUCUGGCACACUUUUUCUUGCAGAUUGGCGGGCAUUCAUUGGGCGGCUCUCUGGCAAGUUUGGCGAGCAAUUUUCUGGUGGCAAAUGGGAUUUUCGAGGGGGACAAGAUCAAAUUGGUCACUUUUGGUCAGCCAAGGACCGGAGAUCGUGAUUUUGCCGAUUCUCAUGAUCGACUCAUCAAAUGGAGCUAUCGAAUUGUGCACAAAAAGGAUCUGGUUCCACAUAUACCGUAUAAUGGACAGGUGGAUUAUAGGUGAGUGGAAAAAGUGUGCCAGAGUUGCAGAAAAAAUGGGCGGAGCUUAAAAUGGUAAAAUUAAACUAGACUCUAGUUUGACAAUAUAAUAAAAACUAUAGUCUAGUUUGAUUCAAAUCCAUAUUUUUUAAGAAAAAUUGAACUAGAAAAGUCUAGUUCGGAAGUCAGUAAACUAGAUUCUAGUUUUUUGACCUCAUAACUAGACAAACCUAAGUUUCUAGGAUUUGGCAAUACAGCCGUUGGUUAAACUAGAGUUUAGUUUAGCAAUUUUUUCUAGUUGAGUGAAACUAGAGUCUAGUUUACUGACCUCCUAAACUAGACAGAAGGCUAGCCUAGACUCUAGUUUGACACCUCCAGGAAUCAUAAUUAAACUAGACUCUAGUUUGACUCAACUGAAAAAAUCCCCCAAACUAGACUCUAGUUUAAGCAAUGACUGGGUGAAUCUCAUUGUUAGAAACAUAGCUUCUCUGAAGCUCAAUAAACUAGACUCUAGUCUUCCACUAAUUUUCAAGUAUCAUAAACUAGACUCUAGUCUCACUUAUAAGUCUAGCAUAUAUAAAACUAUAGUCUAGUUUGAUUAAAAUCCACAUGAAAAAAUUAUUUUUUCAGAAAACUAGACUUCAAUUUAAUUCAACUGACAAAUUUCUGAACUAGACUCUAGUUUGACAUCUUCCACUAAUUUUCAAGUAAACUAGACUCUAGUUUCAUCAAACUAUAGUCUAGUUUAUCCACUAAAUACUUUGAAACGUAAAAAAUACAGGAAAAACUGUGCGAGACUUGCAAAAAAAGUGGGCGUGGCUUAUUUGGUGUCAAAAAUCGGCGAAUUUUUGAGUGCGACACAGUUUUGUGGGCGUGGCUUAAAAUAUAGCGUGUUGGAUGUCAAAAAUCGCCGAAUUUUGCAGACAUCAUCGCAACGAGAUCUGGUACAACAACAACAUGACACGUGGCUCGAGCUACAAAGAAUGCGAUGCUCAAGAAUCCCUGCUGUGCUCCGAUUCUCAUCUGGAUUAUUUGAUUGCAGAUCAUCAUCAAUAUUUUGAUAUUGCUAUUGCGAAUUAUGGGAAAAGGGAUUGUACAGGGGAUCCGAGUCAAUAA